AUGGGAAGCCUGAAGACUGUCAAAGGCCCGGCCAUAUUCGUCGGCCAGUAUCUAUCUGAUGAAGCGCCGUUCAAUAGCCUCGUGGGUAUCGCAGAAUGGGCCGCCAGCCUGGGUUACGCUGGAAUUCAAAUCCUCAUCGGCGAUAGGCUAAUCGACAUGGACCGAGCCGCCGCAGAUGUCGAGUACUGCAAGUCGUUGCUGACAACCCCGGAGAAAUACCAAGUGCAACUAACCCAGCUGUCCUCGCAUCUCCAAGGACAAUUGGUGGCUGCUCACCCAGCGUACGAUGCUUUAUUCGAUGGAUUUGCGCCUCCCCAGCUUCAAGGCAAUCCAAGUGCAAGACAGAAGUGGGCAACCGGCGUGCUUAUCAGGGCGGCGCGCGCGUCCAAGAAUUUAGGACUGGCAGCUCAUGCCACCUUCUCGAGAGCACUGGCGUGCCCAUAUAGAUACUCCUGGCCCCAAAGACCUCAGAAUAUGGUUGAGAUUGCAUUUAUAGAGCAUUCCGCACGUUGGAAACCAAUCCUUGAUGUAUUUGAUGAGGUCGGCGUCCACUGUUGCUUUGAACUUCACCCUGGGGAGGAUGUCCAUGACGGGGCGUCUUUCGAUCGGUUCCUCCGGGCGGUGGACGGUCAUCGACGAGCCUGUAUACUGUACCACCCAGGCCAUUUCGUGUUGCAACAAGUCGGAUAUCCAAGUUUCCUGGACAUCUAUCAUGAACGCGUCAAAAUUGUCCAUGUCAAGGACGCCGAAUUCUUACCCAGUGGACGCCAGGGCGUCUAUGGUGGAACGGGCAGGCCGAUUCCGUGCUCUUGGUCAUGGUCAAGUCGACUUCAAAGGCAUUUUUACGAGGAUUGCAAAGUACGGGUUUGA